AUGUUCACCCUUUUGCAACGCUGGGGCCCCCUCCCAAAAGCGGCGCCUAUCUGGCGGCUAGCGGCGGUACGGUCUCUGCACGCGACCCCAGUGGCGUUCGUGCCAGCCCAGACCCUCACGAAAGCGGAGCAAGCGAAGAAAGAUAUCCGCAAGCAGCUGAGAGCUAUCGGGAAGCCCGCAAGCGUUCCGCCCAAGAAAGCUCACUCCUCGUACCUGAUCUUCGCUUUGGAGCUUAAGGACGAGCUCUAUCCAACCUUGGCCCAUUUGGACAGCCGCGCCAGAAUCGGUGAACUAGGUCGCCUCGCCGGUGAACGAUGGAGAGCUCUGAGUCAGAGCGAAAAGGAGCCGUACGAGCGUCGAGCCGCAGAAAACAAAAAGCAGUACGAUAGGGAUGUCAAAGAAUACCUUGCCAAUCGCACUGCUUCGGAUAUCGUGCUCGAGGAGAAGAGAUUCCUUUUGCAAAAGAAACUGAAUCCCGACGCCUAUGUCAAGAAGCCGCUGAGAGACAUUGACGCCCCCAAGCUGCCGCUGAACCCGUGGUUCCUGUUUACAAAACAGGCUCAUGCUCUGACGGCCGAUCGUCAGCGCGAGAUUCUCGGAACUUCCCUAGCCAAUCUUUCGUUGCCCGAGGCCAACCAGCUCCUCAAGACCGCUUUUAGCAAGUUGUCCGAUGAACAAAAGGGGAAACUCGAAGCUGACUACCGGAAGGCGCUGAAGGAGUACCGAGCCGAACGCGACGAAUAUAAUCGCACCUCCGGAAAAGACGUGAUCGUCAAGGAGGUCAAGAGGAUUGCGAAAGACGCCGUCAAGAAGCCCGUCGGGCGCAGGAAGAAGAAGGUUAUCAAGAAGAAGAAGCCUACGUUGCGAUUGAAGAAAAAGGCGAGGACCGCGAAGAAGCUGCUCAAGCCCAAGACGAAGAAGAAGGCAGCUACGAAGAAGAGUACUGCGACCAAGAAAAAGCCCACCGCGAAGAAAGCGACGACUAAGAAGGCCACUGCGACCAAGAAGAAAACGGUCACUAAGAAGGCUGCCCCCAAAAAAGCGGUCACCAAGAAAGCCGCGCUUAAGAAGGUAGCCCCCAAGACCAAGGUCGCCGUCAGGAAGGCAUAA